GCAGCGCAGAGUCACCGAUCAAUUGAUUGCAAACACGGAAAUCCAGACGGAAGAGAAGCCUACAGAAUUCUGCUUGUUAAGACAAAAUUUAAAAAAAAGACAAAAAAAGCAGACAUUACACUUCAAAUAUCUAGAAUAUUUAUUUAUUUUUUUGUCCGUUUUAUGGAUUUGCUGCAGCUUUUAUCAUGGGCGUGCAUCGUGUUCACACUCGGGAUGUUCUCGACUGGAUUAGUCGACCUAAACAAGAUGCAAACAUCCAAGAGCACAGACAACAUCCAAUUUCUGCCUUUCCUCACCACAUGUGUCAAUAACCUCGGAUGGUUAUGCUAUGGGAUGCUGAAGAGAGACCGUACACUUAUUGUGGUCAAUCUUAUUGGCGCUUUACUGCAGGCCCUCUACAUCAUCGUAUACUUGAAGUACACAAAACAGAAGAGAAAGGUACUGUUACGAAUAGUUGCAGUCGGAGUGGUGGCGACCAGCGCUGGGUUGUACUUCACAAUGUUUCUCCCUCCGGGCGACGUGCAACUCAACCAGCUCGGCCUCGUCUGUAGCGUGGCCACCGUCAGCGUGUACCUGUCACCGCUUGCCGACCUGGUGGCCAUAGUGCGUAGUGGUAACGUGGAGCGCUUGUCCUUCCCUUUGACAGUAGCCACGUUCUUCACCUCCACUUCCUGGUUCUUCUACGGCUUCCAGUUGAACGAUAAUUAUAUCAUGCUCCCUAACCUUCCUGGAAUCUUCACAAGCGUCAUCAGAUUUUACUUGUUUUGGAGAUAUGCCUCCGUCAGCCCUUCCUAUAAAUCCAUGCUGAUAUGACCACAUCAUAUACAGUAAUGUGCAUGUUACACUAAGAGUAAGUGCCACUGUGUAACAGGUGGCAACAAUGUCUACAUGUCAUAAAGUUACAUGAAAAACAUUUAUUUUACAAGGAUGUAUUCAAGAAUACAUAGGAAAAAAAAAAAUCUUCAGGUGUGUUUUUUUUUUUUUUUUUUUUUUUAAAUAAAACUUCCCUUCAAGUGCCUUCUUUUGGGUACGAGGGAGUACUAGGGACACACUGAAAAGAAAUUUUCACAGUAAACCUGAGAAAAGGAAAAACUUGUUACGGGAAUAAUGUCACAAUGUUACGAGUCUUGAGAAAAAGAUGGAAUCUCACAAGAUGUCAUAUUACCAGUAGGAAUUCUUGUUUUUAUGAAAAAACUAGCCAUAGUUCUAUGAAAAUAAGGUGUACAUUUUAACAAAUGAAUGCCAAUUCUCACGCAAAUUUCAUACUUAAUGUAAAAUUAUGACUUUCUUCCAGUUUCUGUAAAGUUAAAAUAAAUGGCAGUAUAGCUUGUAAAUUUGACACACCACUAAGAAGAGUGUUGUUAACAACCCUGUCAUAUUUAAAUGAUUUAAAAAAUUGUCAGGUCUAUAAAAUGACUUGUGACACUUCCAAAUCAUGAAAAAUCAGGCCAUUCGUUCAGCGUCUCCACUGAAUGUUUGCGCUGCUAAAAUAUAUCUACUUAAAGCCUCUAGUGGCUGGAAUACAUCCCAGCGAGUCGUUGAAGGGCUUUCUGCACCCUGACGAGAGGCUAGCCAUCAGCUAGCUCGGGAGCUAACGGGCUACCGGAGCCUCCUCGGAGCUGACACUUCAGUGAAAGUCAGCCGUUUAUUUACACAGCGGCACACGUUAGCCUGUGGCUCACACAAAAUGACAGAAGUUUGAGCACAUACUUCCUGCUAGUUGCAUACUGUAUCUACCCACAAUGCUUUGCGUAAAACAAAAUACAAAACACAUGGGAAUUUAAAUAACGACACCAAGCUGUUCUGUGCAACCCCAAUUCCAAUGAAGUUGGGACGUUGUGUUAAACAUAAAUACAAACAGAAUACAAUGAUUUGCAAAUCAUGUUCAACCUAUAUUUAAUUGAAUACACUACAAAGACAAGAUAUUUAAUGUUCAAUCUGAUAAACCUUUUUGUUUUUAGCAAAUAAUCAUUAACUUAGAAUUUUAUGGCUGUAACACGUUCCAAAAAAGCUGGGACAGGUGGCAAAAAAGACUGAGAAAGUUGAGGAAUGCUCAUCAAACACCUGUUUGGAACAUCCCACAGGUGAACAGGCUAAUUGGGAACAGGUGGGUGCCAUGAUUGGGUAUAAAAGGAGCUUCCAUGAAUUGCUCAGUCAUUCACAAGCAAAGAUGGGGCGAGGUUCUGUUUUUAUUUAUGUUUAACACAACAUCCCAACGAGCAGCACGGUGGGCGACUGGUUAGAGCGUCAGCCUCACAGUUCUGCGGGCCGGGGUUCAAUCCCCGGCCCCGCCUGUGUGGAGUUUGCAUGUUCUUCCCGUGCCUGCGUGGGUUUUCUCCGGGCACUCCGGUUUCCUCCCACAUCCCAAAAAGAUGCAGUAAUUGGAGACUCUAAAUUGUCCGUAGGUGUGACUGUGAGUGCGAAUGGUUGUUUGUUUAUGUGUGCCCUGCGGUUGGCUGGCAACCAGUUCAGGGUGUACCCCGCCUCCUGCCCGAUGAUAGCUGGGAUAGGCUCCAGCACCCCCGCGACCCUAGUGAGGAGAAGCGGUUCAGAAAAUGGAUGGAUGGAUGGAUGGACAACAUCCCAACUUCAUUGGAAUUGGGGUUGUAAAUUGUGGCAUCCAUGCAAGAUGCCCUUUCAGGGUUUAGCCAUAGUUAGCUUGCUAACUGCACGCUGUAGCAGUAGAAAUCAUAUAAAAGGUACAUUUCAAUAAAUUAGAAUUGUGUCAAAAGCUUUAUUUGGUAAGGUAGUUCAAUUCAUUCAUUCACAAUCAAUAAACUGUGAAAAUAAUUUUUAAUUAAGAAAUUCUCUAAAAAAGCAUUUUCUCAAGUGUUUAAUGAAUGUAUAUGCAUGAGGACUGAAAUAUAUAUAUAUAAAUAUAAUUUUGUUUUCUUUUUAAAAAAUCAAACUGUAUUUUAUCAGAAACAGAAUCAUCUUUAUUUUGCCAAGUAUGUCCAAAAAACAUACAAGCAAUUUGUCUCCGGUCGUUGAAGUUGCUCUCGUACGACAACAGGAAUUUAUUUUAGUAAAAUGACAACUUUUGUGCCCAGAAAUUACAGUUUUAUUCUCAGAAAAAUACAACUUCUUUUCACCUAACAUUAGGGCAUUUUCUCGUAACAUUACGUUUUCUUUCUCUUGCAUAAUUUUUCUUUUCAAUCUGUUUUCAAUACUCCUUCGUAGUGGUUGUUGUUAAAAAAGUGACAUUUUCUGAGCCGCCAACAUUUUCUAAUAUUACUAUCUAAUGAGAUUUCAUUGAAUUGUUUUCUACAAUCCAAAGACUUUGUUGUUUACAGGCUGCUAUUUUGAAUAUAGGGUACUCGUGUGGAGCAUUGUCUUUCUUCUGUCUUCUGUCGGAAAAAUAGUUUUCUACUCUAUUACCUCUUGUGCCUGUCCUUAUUAGACAACAUAUCAAUGCAUAUCAGUGGCAAUAAGUUGUUUUUUUUGUUGUUUUCUAAUUGCUGACUGUUAACAUUGGCUGUUUUUGCAAGCUUUUUUUUUGUUUUGUUUUGUUUUUUUUAAACUUUUUUAAAAUGUGCAAAUGGACCUAAGAAUAAAUGAAAGCUGUUGCCAAUAAAGGAUGACAAAGUG